GCUUCCGUUUGGACACUACAAGGAUGAGAUGAAGAGUUUGGGUGAAACGGUGAUGGAUUGUCUGCAAAAGACCAACGAGAAAGCUCAGAGGUGUGCGGAGGCAAUCAGACUGCACCUCGAGCCACUUGGAAUGCGUCACGUCUUGCUUCAGAGACUACGGGACGAGCUUGCUUAUUACUUGCAAGCAUUUGCGCUGCUGGAAGGCCUCCAAAAUGUUCUCACGGAGAGAUUUGGUAUCGUCAGGGAGUAUGAUGACAAGUGUUGCGAGCACCUCAGAAACUUGUAUGAAACCAUCGAAUGCAGGAGCUGUGUCGCGAAUGAACUGGUGUACCCCCAAUUCCAAGCUGUAGGAACAAUAGUCAAGUCUGUUGGUGAGGAGCUAAGAGUUCUUCGAGCGUAUGCCAGGGCCUCCAUUCCGUUACUUUCACUAGCUUCUCAGCCUCUCUUCACGCCCACGCCAUCUGGCAUAGCAAACAUAUGCUCUUCGACGGGUUUGUCAAGACUGAACACCCUCGUGAACUACACCACUUUUCUGCCUCCCGAAGUCUACACAGUCGACUGGCACGAGAACGACGUGAUCUUAAGCAAAGCGGGCACACAACAAGAUUUAAGAUGUGGUGUUUUGAGAGACGAGGAUGUGGAGAAUGCAUUGCAAGGUGGGGGAGCCUUGCAGCUUUCUGGCUAUUGUCCGGUUGCAUUAGCCAAGCACAGAGGCCUCCUUCUUCACGGAGAUCCUGACAUAGGACUCGUGCAUGUCGAGGGAAAGCUUUAUGCAUUUUCUAGCGGGGAAGCGUUAAACCAGUAAUCUCUUUUACCGGUGCUUGAUUCUGCAGAGAAGUGGAUGCUAUAGCUAGGUUCAUCGCUGGCCCGUCGUUAUAUCUUGAAGCCGUGACGAAUGCUGUUCGCAAGAUGUCUCAGCUGGUCCACAUUUUGGCGCUGGAAAACGAGGCUCCUUUUUCUGUCCUGAAUAUUUCCAAGUUGCUGAGCAUACUUAGUAAGCCACUUUCAUGUGAGUUCUCGACGCAGACAACAACAGAUGUUGUCAAUUCGUUGGAUUCGGCUCUGACCAGGUCGUUGAAUAAGGAGACAACCAGUGCACAGACAUGCUCUAGCUAUUGCAGGAGAUCGCUGCAAACACAGGUGUGGCUGCCAAAGCAUACUGGCACUCAGACUGGCAUUAAUCGAGGGUGUAACACGUCCAGGCAAGUUCGGAACAUGAUGCUUCAUGGUAAGUACGACCUUUAAGAAUGUUUCUGCGGAUAAUUGCGGAGAUUUAGAAGCGCGCAUGUUGGAGGCCACAACGCGAAAUCCACCAUCAUUGUCUUUACCAGUGGGUACAGUCACAAAAGAUGAAAAAAUAGAAUGUGGUUCCCGUGCUAGUGCUAAAAGUAAACAUGGGACGCGCUUUGAAAACAGGUUCCAAGAUGACGACGACGAGGGUGUUGGUAAGAUAACUUCAUCAGAUGAAGUAAGAGAGGGACUCUGUGGUAGAGGUGCAUGAGUUAGAUUCCUCCACUUCCGCCCACCUCCUCUUCAACUUGGAAAAUGAUGCGGGGGAAUCAGAAGAUUUAAACAAAAGCUCACACUGCCUAGCAGGACGCCACAAACUUUAAAAAAGAUCAAGGAACCUGGAAUAUAUCGUUAUCCGCCACAGAUUUCGACCCUUCGAUGAGUUAUCUGCCCCGUACGCAAGAUUGAAGACAGAAACGAAGAGAAGGACUUCAAAAACGACUGGACAACCUCCUUUACUGGAAAAGUGCUGACUACAAAAGCCCGUAGACAUGCACACCGAAUUUCCACUCGAAGCUGUUGGUAACAAACUUUGGAGGAGGGAUGGAAUUGCAAUCUGCUUCUCACGACGAGGCCCUCGAUUUCAAGGGACGACUUGCCGACAAGAAAAGCACCGGUGGAUGGAAGGGGUGUUGCUACGUUCUCGCCAAUGAAAUAUUCGACAGGAUAGCCUUCUUUGCAAUCCUGGCGAACCUGGUGACUUACAUGACUAGUGUUCUUCACGAAAACACGGCUGAAGCGGCUACCAACAUCAACAACUGGGUUGGGACCAUCUACAUGGUGACUUUGUUGGGAGCAUUUCUAGCAGACGCAUUCUGGGGGCGCUAUCGGACUAUUCUCACCAUGGCUGCAGUAUACAUUUUGGGCCUGAUUCUACUCACGGUCUCUUCCUCGCUAAAGUCCCUUCGCCCAUUACCUUGCCAACCAGCGUCUCGGAAUGAAACCUGCAAUCCAGCCUCCAAGCAGCAGCGCGCAUUCUUCUUCGUUGCCCUCUAUCUGGUUGCGGUUGGCUCGGGUUGCAUGAAGCCGUGCGUUUCGUCGUUUGGAGCGGACCAGUUUGAUGAGAAAGAUUCCUCCGAGAUAAAGAAGAAGGCCUCGUUCUUCAACUGGUGGUUCUGGGGAAUUCACGCCGGCCAGCUCGUUGCAGUCACGGUCCUGGUUUACAUCCAAGACAACGUCGGGUGGUCCUGGGGAUUUGGAAUUCCGACGGUACUCAUGGUCAUAUCUGUCCUAACUUUGCUGUAUGGGACACCGAAUUACAGGUAUCAGAAGCCGCACGGUAGUCCCCUCACAACUAUAGUGAAAGUGAUAGCCUCGGCAAUCUCGAAGUGGCAUAUGGCGAUUCCCACUGACAAAGCAACAAAGCCGAUAUCGUUCCUCGACCGGGCGGCUUUUGCUCGAGAAAGUGGUCGCAAGCCAGGCGAUGCCAAAAAGCCAUGGGACCUUUGCUCCCAGGCUCAAGUCGAGGAAACAAAGGUGUUCGUGAGGAUUCUACCAAUGUGGUUUGGCACGCUGCUCUUCUCCACGGCGGUGGCCCAGAACCCAACGCUCUUCGUCAAGCAAGGGAGCACCCUGGAGAACAGCAUCCACGGCAAGUUUAAGAUCCCGCCAGCCUCGAUGCUGCUCUUCACAAACCUGACUGUCCUCUUCUCCAUGCCGCUCUACGAUCGCCUCUUCGUCCCUUCGGUCCGGAAGAUCACGGGGCACCCGAGAGGCAUCACCAUGCUCCAGCGGAUGGGAAUCGGGAUGUUCAUCACGGUGGCCUCGAUGCUGGCGGGGGGUCUGGUCGAGACGAAGAGGCUCAAAGUCGCGAGGGUGUUUCCACACAGCAAGCCGCUGCCAAUGACGAUCUUCUGGCUUCUACCGCAGUACAUUCUCCUGGGACUGGCGGAGGUGUUCACUUACAGCGGCCAGAUCGAGUUUUUCUACGAUCAAGCUCCGGCAGCGAUGCGUAGCUUGGGGGCCGCGCUCCAGCUGACCACCCUCGCGGGCGGGAGCUUCUUGAGCAGCAUUCUCAUCACGGUUGUCAACCGCGUCACAGGUCCCUCGCAUCCUUGGAUCCAGCACAACCUCAACCAGGGGCAUCUAAACUUCUUCUACUGGCUGCUCGCAGCGCUCAACGUUGCCAACAUUGGAGUUUUCGUGCCACUGGCGAUCUGGUUCAAGUACAAAGACAAUGAAGUGUUGUUGCCACCUUCCUCUAGGGUUUAAGAAUAAACAUUCGUUAAUCUAAAUCAAAGAUUCAUAUUCAGUA